CGUUUGAAGUUGCCAAACAAACUCGUCACUUGAAUUUUCAUCACAGUUUUUCACGAAUUUCUUCCAACUUUGAUAUAAUUCCGUACCAAAAAUGGCUGGAGAGAAGGCUAAGAAGAACGACAAGCAAGAGGAAACGGAGUUGCUCAAAAUCAACAAAUGGGACGGAGCAGCAGCCAAACAUGCCGUAGAUGACACCGUGAAAAAUGCUUUGCUCAAGAAACCAAACUGCAAGGAGAACUUUAACAUCAUCGAUGGACGAUUGUUUAUCUGUGCAUUGGCAGUCGGUGUUGCCCUUGUUGCAUUAGCUUACGAUUACAAAUAUGCAUUCCCACAAUCGCGAGAAGUUUUAAUCAUCUGCGUUUGUUCGUAUUUUGUACUUAUGGGUGUCCUCACGCUUUACACAACGUUCGUGGAGAAGGGAAUUUUCGCUGUAGCAAACCAAGAUGAUGGCACAACUAAGAGAACGUGGACCGCGAGCUCAGAUAUGAAAAAGUACGAUGACAAGUACAUUUUGUCGUUGCAAGUGAAAGACUCCAAGGGCAUUCGGGAAGCAACAAUCACAAAAUCCGUAGCUAAUUUUAUCGAUACGAAUGGCGUUGUGCUGGAAGAUGUUAUCGCGAACGAAUUGAACAGACUGUACAACUCCAUUAGCGUGGAGAAGAAGGAUAAAUGAAUCAUUGUUGCAUAACUUCCUUCGUAUCUGAAUAAAUUAAAGUGAAUAAAAUUUUAUCGUUUUCGUUUAAUUUAAAAAUUGUACGUUUUUAGAUCUUAUAUUUUUUUGCACAAAUAAAAAUAUGUCAAAUUUAUGAACAAUUUUAGAGUAA